AUGGCCGCGCUGCGCUUCGGGGAGCCCUCGGCGGAGCCGCCCGCCUUCCCCGCGGGCAGGUGGCCGGGGGGCGGCGGGCCCGGCCCGGCCUCGCCCGCCCUCAGGGCGCUUCCCCCGGCCGAGCCGUCCGAGGGGGCGCCGGCGGCCUCGCAGCGUCGGAAGCGGACGAGCUUCACAGCGGCGCAGCUGGAGACGCUGGAGCUGGUUUUCCAGGACACCAUGUACCCCGACAUCUACCUGCGGGAGAAACUGGCCGACGCCACGCAGAUCCCCGAGUCCCGCAUCCAGGUGUGGUUCCAGAACCGCCGCGCUAAGUCCCGCCGCCAGCGGGGCCCGCCCCGGCCCGGCCCCGCCGCGCCGCCGGGCUGCCCGCGGCCGCCCCGCUUCGCCGCCCUGCAGCGGCCCCGCUGUGCCCUCUCCGCGGCCGCCCGCACGGAGGACGGCUCGGCCCCCUACGCGUGGCCGCCCGCCGCCGGCUUCCCCCCCGGCCCCGGCUUUGAGGGCUUCCCGCCCGGCCAGCCGGAGCCCGGCCCGUUCGCGGGGAGCGCCGCCGGCCCCUUCCCGCCGGCCCGCGCCUUCUGCGGGCAGUACUCGCCCGUGUCGGACGCCGAGGACACCAGCGGCUACUCGGAGUCGGGCUCCGAGUGGGAGGAGAACGCGCUCGGCGCUUUCCGCACCCUGUGA